AUGCAACCGCCUCUGCAGGCCAACAACAUCAUCAACAGAGAUGAAGAAAGCAGUUGCUCGAUCGGGUCGUUCCGCGACAUAAGAUCGAUGGGCUCCGUCGUCAGCACGGCGGCAGACGGCCUCGGCACGUUCGUCGGGAACUCCCUGUCGGCGCCGUUCAAGGCUCUCUUCGGCGCGUCCUGCGAGGGCGUUUGCUCGGGGACAUGGGACCUGCCCUGCUUCGUCGAGCACCUCUGCGUCUCAAGCUUGGCCAGGCUCUUCGUGGUUGCCAUCCUCACCUACAUCGUGCUGCUCUUCGGGUAUCUCCUGUGCAAGCUAGGCAUCGUCAAGUGCGUGGCCAAGAACGCCUUCAAGAUGGUGUGGAAGCCCUGCUCGGCUUGCUGCCGCGCGCUCGGCGGCGCGUGCUGCCUCCUCUGCCACAAGUGGCGGAACUAG